GCCACCUAACGCAGGUCUCCUACGUCGACUGUCUUUUGAUGUUAUAUGACGUAACUAGUAGGCACCCCUCGAUCGAUUCUUUACAGAAAGACUUUACGUCAUGGUUAUAACUCAAAUUCUCAAUAGGACAUCAUCAAAACACGGCUGCAGUCACACAAUUAUACGGAAGAGCUACUGAGAUGGAGACUGGGGAGGAGUCGCUGCACAGCUUUGCAACUGUGCGCCACAGCGAGGUCUACCCCAAGAAGGCAUUGGUUUUAGAUGACCCCUCUCUGGAAAUUCCCUUUCCUUGCUUGCCUGGAGAAGGGGUGGAGUUUCUGGGCCGCACCACUCAUGGUCUGGUUGCCCUGUCAUCGUAUCGGUUGUUUUUGACCGGGCCUGACCUUCUCCUCAACCUACCCCUUGGGCUUCUUGAAACUGUAGAGUGUAGGGACAUCUUCCAUCUUCAUCUGCACUGCAAGGAUGUUCGAUCAUUCAGGUGUUCUUUUGCUACAAAUGAAGAUUGCCAGAAGUGGUAUCGUAGGAUCUGCAAUGCUAUCCAGCCACCCAAGAAGCUGGACGACCUCUUUGCCUUCCGAUUUUUCCUUUACUGCCAUGAAGAGCACAGUGACAGCUUCCACAGUCACCUGAAAGAUGAUAAGUCGCAUUUAUCAAAUAUGGAAUCAUCUGUCUUGUACCGUGAAUGCAAAAGGAUGGGUUUCGACACAGACCCCGGUGGAGUGUGGAAAAUAAGCGACAUCAACAAGAGUUUUGAUUUCUGCCAGAGCUACCCACAGUACAUCUUAGUGCCAGCAUCAGUUCAAGACCAAGACAUGGAGGAUGUUGCGAGCUUCCGUUACUCUAGAAGAAUUCCUGCUGUUGUGUGGCGGCACCACAUGUAUGGUACGGUUAUUGCGCGUUCAGCUCAACCAGAAGUGGGUUGGUUGGGCUGGCGAAGUCCUAAAGAUGAGAACCUCAUCCAAGCCAUAGCUGAUGCUUGUAGUAUAGAACCAGGGCUUGCCCUUGGAAGUUUUGACAGCUCUAGUGAUGGACGUGGGACCGACCUCGAUGGGGAAGACACGUCACUUCUCAGCAAGGGCAUAUCCACUAGUUUGGUGGACCAUGUGGAAGUUCGGCCGGCACGGUGCAAGAUGCUUAUCUUGGAUGCACGAUCCUAUGCAGCCGCUGUAGCAAACAGAGCGAAAGGAGGGGGCUGCGAGUGCCCUGAAUACUACCCAAAUUGUGAAGUACAGUUCAUGGGACUGGCAAACAUACACAGCAUCCGAAAAAGCUUCCAAACGCUGAGAGCAGUUUGCUCAUCAUCUGCUGCCGAUCAAUCGUGCUGGAUGUCCUCCCUGGAAUCAACAAAGUGGCAGUUCUACAUCUCCAGCCUAAUGAAGGCUGCACUUGUGGUGGCUAACGCUGUGGACUUAGAACGGCGACCGGUGCUCGUGCACUGCUCAGACGGUUGGGAUCGCACACCACAGCUCGUUGCACUAGCAGAGUUGAUGCUUGAUCCUUACUAUCGGACCAUAGAGGGAUUUGAAGUUCUCGUUGAAAAGGAAUGGUUGGAGUUUGGACACAAGUUCAGUAGUCGCUGUGGCAAUGGUGUCGGAGCGGAUGACCCCAAUGAACGGUGUCCCGUGUUUCUGCAAUGGCUCGAUUGCGUACAUCAGCUAGUGGCAAAGUUCCCCUGCAGUUUCGAGUUCAACCAGCAGUACCUGGUAAAGCUUGCCCAGCAUACGUACACCUCUCUUUUUGGAACCUUCCUGGGAAACAGCAGCAUGGAACGAGAUAGGGAACAAAUUGCCAAAAAAACCUUUUCAGUUUGGAAGUUUCUCAGGUCUCAUCCAGAGCAUUAUCGUAAUUACCUGUACAGUCACAGCGGUCGGGUGUUACGUCCCCAGUGUCAGGUUCGUGACCUAAAGUUCUGGGGCGAAGUGUACCUCCAGCCAACCCCGCCAACUGGAGUGGUAACCUGCGGGCAGUCCAAGGCACUACCUCCAGAGCCGCGUCCAGAGUCGACGACGCCCUCUGCUUCAGCGUCGCCCUCCUCUUCCACACAGACCAACCUGGUUAAAACUAAAUCCGCUGACUCUCUGUUCUCAUUAUCCUUGGAGCACCUUGCUCCAGAAAAGCCCCAAAGAAGGCUCAGUGAUUCAAGCCUUCACAGCCUCCCCAUUGAGCUAAACUUGGAUAGCGGCAUGCUUUCCCCGGCCGUGAGGUUAAACUCUGGUGACAUUCCGUCAGGGGAGUGCAGGGAAGUGAACGGCAGUGAAGCCUCGACAGAGAGUGACAGUGGUGGAAGUCUUCCCGUCGAGAAUGGAGUGCCUGGACUGGAAAAUGGUGUGAACGAACAGUUCUGUGUCCAUCCUAUCAAUGAGUCGACAGAUACGCUCAUCAAUGAAGCAGUUGCAGCGCCAUCUGAGGGAGUCGCCACGCAGCAUAUUCUACAGUGUGGUCCUAGGGAAAAGCUAGAGGUGGAAUGUGACAAAAACUGUGUUCCGGCGGCGCACAUAUUGCGAAGUGCAGCCAGCACGAGUACGACGGACAUCAGCAGCUCAACGGUCUGCAACAGAAUGGACGCGGCCAGCGACGGAGAGGGGAAGUGCAUCCUGUGCCUGACACACAAGAGCACUCCGGAGAGCAUUCUAGGAGCAGCCAGGGCAGCAUUAGUUAGGCCAUCCAUGAAUAGCAGGGGGUCUCAUAGCUCUACCCCACUCCAUUCAAGGACACCCAGCUCAGGCUUUCCUGCAACGCCGUGUGACGACCACUCUUUGCUAGAAACCGUAGGAACGCAAGGUCUGGUACCUCCUGCGCAGCAGUUUAGUAUUGAUGGCUUCAACAUGCCAAUAGAUGAGCAGCAGGAACGAUUGCACCAGCUAAUCUUAGCGCACAAGGCUGAGGUGGAAAGCCUACAACACGAGCUGUACAAGGUGAAGCUUGCUCUGUGCUCCCGGUCUUGUCCUCAUUCCAAUGGAAGGGAAAAGAUAGAUGCUCCAGAUGAUGUUAUGUCGUUGGACUCUGCGUGCAGUGGGGAGCCCUCCUUGUCUGGAGGCCAGGACGGCAGUGUCUCUUCUGACCACAGCUGGGAACACGUGGAUGAGAGGGACACACGUUCCACUCUCUGGGUACCUGACCAUGCUACGUCUCACUGUACAGGCUGUGACAAGGAGUUCUGGAUCGGACGACGGAGGCACCACUGUAGAAACUGCGGGAGGAUCUUCUGUGGGCAGUGUGCCAGCCAGGAACAUCCGCUGCCUCAUGAACACCUGUACCAGCCCGUGCGGGUGUGCGUGUCCUGUUUUGAAAUGCUGCGGUCACGGGGCUGCCGUCCCCUGGCAACAAUGGGCGCCGGCCACCAGCAUAGCAUGCCCAAGUCUGCCGUAACUGCGGCCUCGAACUAGGCUUGCCCGCCCACCCCUCUUCCAUGGGACUCUUGACUCUCCACAUGCUGAGGUGUGUGUCGUGCCUCCCUUCUGUCUACCCACUAUCUGGUUCGCCUGCGUUUUGGUGUGUUGAGUUUCUGGCUCUAUCUUAUUUUAGUUGCUGUAACUGAACAGUGUCACUAGUGCAGGCCUCGGUGGUAAUUGAUGCUUUUACGAUAAAGGAGACUGCUUUGAAGCCAUGUGUGCAGAUCACACAUGUUGAUUCUGUUACGGCAUCCUUAUCUAAUAUCUGUGAAAGCUAGCAUGUACGCAGUUAAACCCGUUUAUAAUGUACCGUAUUUUGCGGUGUAUAACGCACACCCCUAAAAACGGGCCAAAUUGGAAAAAAGUUCUAUGUAUAACGCGCACCAGUGCAACAUUGCGGUGUGCGUUAUGCACCGGUGCGCGUUAUACAUCAAACUUUUCUCAAAUUCGGCCAUUUUUUAGGGGUGCGCGUUAUACACGAGUUCGCGUUAUACACCGAAAAAUACGGUAAUCGCUGCAGCAAAAUGUUGUUGCAACCAAAGGUGCUGAGGUACGAUUUAUCACAGUUUAUUACAGUUUAUUGUUGCAUGGAGACUUCUAAGUGGCUCACAGAUAUAGCACAGUGCCAAAGUACGUUGCAUGUUGACAAUAACAAAUUGUGAACAUACUGUGUGUACACAUAAAACAUCAAUCACACGCACGCAAAGGCUCUGAGAAAUGGAAGUGAUGUGUGAUGUGCGUCUUGCGACAGCUGCUCCGCAUGUGCAGUUGAGUUCUGCACAGUGCUAGGGUGGUCCAUCAGACAAAUUGAUUCCUGGAUGUCUUAACUCUAGCCUGGCACAUGUAACAGGCAACUGUGUCACUUAAGAUGCUGACGGAAACACAGCAUAUCGAGAAAUUGUGUGAUUGUGAAAGCUGCGACUGAACUGGCAGUACGACAACACUACUACUAUUGCUCUAGUUCAUAAAACUGCAGGUAUGAUAGGCUGAUGCAAAACAUCUCAGAUGGCAGAGAUAAAGAGCUGCACUAUUGUUUAUGGAUGUCACAUCACUGCUGUCCCACCAGAGGCUGUUACGACAGGUCCUGCUACAACGUAAGCUACUUCCACUUUGUGUGUCCGCCAUAAGCGACGGGAGUGAUCAUCCAUACAUUACCACAAAAUAGUGGAUAAAGUGGCCAGAGUCACCUGCAUUGGAGAAUCCCUUCAUUAUAAAGCAUAUGAUUGCACUCCUAGCAAGAACGCUACUUCUGUUAUAAACGGGUUUGACUGUAUUAAAGACACUGCAUUUGUGCACGUGUAAGACAGCCCCCACAAUUUCGAGACAAAUGUCCCGUAACAACUGUGGAAACUGCAACAUUGUGUCUGACUUCUGUUAUUUCAGUAAAGCUACAUAGAAAUGAACAAGUCCCUCUAGAAAUCAGUGAAGCUUCGAAAUCAUAAUAUGAAGUCUUACCACCACAGUUAUCUUUUCGCAAAAGCGUGUGGUAGGAAAGUGAGGAGUGCAUCGUUAAUCUCAACCUGCUUGUAAAAGCACUGGCUAUGAAGGCCUGGGGGCCAUUAGUCUUACAUGUGCAUAGAUACAGAACGUGUUAAAUUGUAUUUUGUAUAGCACUGCUACGUCUCCUUGACCAGCACCACCUAGACAGAAGGCCAGCGCAGCUCCGCGUAACGUCGUCCUACUCGGAUGGCCAUUGGCCGAUUACACGAGAGCGGUGUCCAGGCGAAGCAGACGACAUUCGCUUCGUUGGAAAGAAACCAUCCCAGUAGGGGGUGACGUAUCGCGAGGGCGAGGGGAUAUUGGAAAGGCCUUCUCUUCUAGGUAGUGUUGCCUCGACUGACACUUUUUAUAAGGAAAGGAAGAUCUCAUGCUGCGAUACAGAUUUCUUAGCACAAUCUAAUUUUUAACGAACCUUUUUUUUGUUCAUUUUGUACAUGGCACUGAUCGAUUGGUAUGUUUCUUGGUUUGCCAAUGGUUUGUCACCUGUACAGUUCCUGUCAGGGUUAACCUUUGCUCAUCCCAUAAGAACGAGACGGGAGGUGAAGUGGGAGUACAGCACAAUGCUGAAACAUAUACUAUUUUCUUUUUAUAUUUUUGAUAAAUUAAAGCAAAUAUUCACGUGAUGGGCUCAUUACGAGGAGUUUAAAGCGGGGAAGGCGGUAGUCCCAAAAAUUACGACCAAAGGUGAACAUGUGUGUCAAAGGCAAGAGCUUCUGAAGUGCAAAGCAAACGCUGCGAAAUUCCAUAGCAUUCGAAGACGACUGUUGUGAUAUUGAUAUUACAUGCUGCUUACUCCUGCGAAUGUAUUGGCAACGAAUGAGUUCGAGAUUUUGAGCACAAUAUACUUCUUGCUGUUCCGUUUCUUUUGUAAUUGCUGCUUUUAUUUUUGCUGUCACCUAAUGCCAUUGUUGAUCAAGCAGAGAUUGUAGUGGCUGUUUGCUAGGUUGACAAGCAAUGCCAUGCAUAAGUAGUCUUUGUAUCUAAGUCAUGUGGUGACUGAGUUCAUUGUUGUCCCCAUGUUGCAGCACCAGAUCCAACAUUUAGUUUUUCUUCGUCGCUGAUUUUGCUUUGCUUAUAUAUGUUCUGACACUUUGCAGUCGCAUUUGGUUUGUAAUAUAUUUCUAAGCUGUGUUCAUAACUAUGUUCCUAUGUGGGAGAACAGAGGCCCAUAAAUUUUUUUGUGCAGAGAGAAGUCCAACAGAUUGUGGAAACUAUACAAUACAAGUUUAUAUUGAUUGUGCUAUGUACAGUGUACUAGAACAAGUCAAAUGCAAAAUAAUAAAAUACCAUCACCAUCUUGUUACACAAAA